AUGAAAUCACGGCUUUCCUCAAAGUUCACCACCUUCCCAACAUUGAUGAUGAUGGUGCUUUUGCUGUUAGUACUACUCUUCUCCAAUCUUUGUUCUCCUGUUUUCAUCAUGGCAACAGCUUCAAAGAUUGAAUUCGAAGGGAGAGCUCUUCUUCAAUGGAAGGCCACGCUCAAAUCACAAGAACUCCUAGACACCUGGACAUCAAAGACCAGUCCGUGCAACUGGACUGGAAUCACUUGCAAAUAUAAUGGCCAUCAAAUGGCAAUGAUCACCAGGGUCCAACUGGGAGAGUUGGGACUAGAAGGGAAGCUGGAGAUUCUCAACUUCUCAGCUCUGUCAUCACUCAGAGUUCUCAACCUCAGUGACAACCAUGUACAUGGAUCCAUCCCUGCAGCCAUUUCAGCUCUCUCUAUGCUCACCAUCCUUGAUCUCUCUACCAACAAUCUCACAGGCAUCAUCCCUUCAGAGCUUGGUAAUUUAACAAGACUCAACACCCUAUUGCUUGCUGACAAUCAGAUAAGUGGCUCUAUACCUCCUUCUUUUGGGAAUUUAUUGACCUUGAGAGACCUUGAAAUAUAUGACAACCGAAUAACUGGUCCCAUCCCACAUAGCAUUGGAAACCUGACCAAACUUGAAACUUUUUACCUGUAUAACAAUGGCAUAAAUGGCUCCAUUCCUCGUGAGAUCGGGAAUCCAGUGAACUUGAGAGACCUUGGAAUAGCUGAAAACCAAAUAACUGGUCCCAUCCCACAUAGCAUUGGAAACCUGACCAAACUUGAAACUUUUUACUUGUAUAACAAUGGCAUAAAUGGCUCCAUUCCUUGUGAGAUUGGGAAUCUAGUGAACUUGAGAGACAUUGAAAUAUCUGACAACCAAAUAACUGGUCCCAUCCCACAUAGCAUUGGAAAUCUGACCAACCAUGAAACUUUUUACCUGUAUAACAAUGGCAUAAAUGGCUCCAUUCCUC